CAAGACUUUUAUUCCGAAGGUUCGACCGGAAAUUGUUAUUUUCUACUGUUCCAACUGCAGCGUAAAGCGGAGUGACUUUAUUUGAUUUAAAUGACAUACUUUUAAAUUCAGACAUGUCUCUGGCCUGUAGACAUGCUACACGCUGAUACAAAAUCUGUUUUUGAUGAAGCAGAAAUGUAAAUCUAAGUCUGAAACGCGACGUCGCUGGCGGCUAAUGCUAGUUAGCUACGUAGCGCUCCUCGGUUGCCUGGCAACGGAGAGCAAGCCCCAGCUCACAGCUAGCGGCCUUAGCUGCUAACAAACUGAUUUAAUUUCUUAUCCAAACGUUUUUAUUUCGUCUUUUUUUUUUGUUUGGGAGGAGAGUAAACACUAUGGCGGACGACGGUAGACGGGGAGAGGAGGAGGACCGCGGCCCCGGAGCGGCUCACCAGGUGUUUGUGGUGAUGGAGUGUUUACUGGAAAAGUUAAAGGUUUUAAACUUUGAGGAGGAAGUUUUAGCCAAACACAACAUGAAGAACCUGUCCAGACAUUACUUCGUGUCCAGCCCAUACCUGGCGUCCAACCCUGGCGAGCAGUUCUACAUGUUCACCAUCAUCGCGUCGUGGCUCAUCAACGUGGCGGGGAGGCCGUUCACCGAGCCCCAGGAGUACGACGAGCCCAACGCCACCGUGGCCAACGUCCUGGCCGAGCUCAGGGCCUUCGGAGUGAAGGUGGAUUUCCCUCCGUCCAAACUGAAGUCGGGUUCAGGAGAGUUCGUCUGCUACGUGUUGGACCGACUGGCCGAGGAGGCUCUGAAGAGGAGGGGGUUCACCUUCAAGAGGCCAAACUACCCGGCAGAAAACCCAGAGGAAGAGUCUGUGGUGGAGGACGACGCAGAGCUCACGCUCAGUAAAGUAGAGGAGGAGAUGAUAGAGGAGGCUGAUGAUGACGAGGAGAACGUGAUGGACCUGGAGGCUCUGAAGCUACGAACCAGCCACAGUGAAACUGAAUCUUCCACCAAACCCGACGAGAUCCUGGAGGCGACGGUGGACGCGGCCGAGUGGAACCUGGAGGUGGAGAGAGUCCUGCCUCAGCUCAAAGUCACCAUCAGGACGGACAACAAGGACUGGAGGAUCCACGUGGACCAGAUGCAUCAGCACCGAGACGGGAUCAAGUCCUCACUCAAAGAGGCCAAGAGCUACCUGGACAAGCUUCAGGAGGACAUCGGUCGGACGCUGGAGAAAGUGAGCAGCAGAGAGAAGUACAUCAACAACCAGCUGGAGCAUCUGAUCCAGGACUAUCGCAGCGCUCAGGCUAAACUCAGCGAGGCUAAGGAGCGCUACCAACAGGCCAGUGGAGGAGUGACGGAGAGAACUCGAGUCCUGGCUGAGGUCAGUGAGGAGCUGGAGAAGGUGAAGCAGGAGAUGGAGGAGAAAGGAAGCAGCAUGUCUGACGGAGCUCCGGUGGUGAAGAUCAAGCAGAGUCUGACGAAGCUGAAGCAGGAGAUCGUGCAGAUGGACGUGAGGAUCGGGGUGGUGGAGCACACGCUGCUUCAGGCCAAACUCAAGGAGAAGUCCAACAUGACGCGGGACAUGAACGCCACCAACAUCCCGGAGAACGCCGCCCCCCCGACCGGAGCCUUCGCCUGAGGAACCCGUCACAUCCAGACACAUUCAUCAUCGUUAAUCCUCCUUUAGUUCAUGGUUUAUUUAUGGGAACGAAUAAUAAAUUUUGAUACAAGAGACAAAGUGUUUUUAUUUGUUUCUGUUAUUUUUUUGUUAAGAUAAAACUUUCAGUUUUUUCAAGGAGAUUUACUAAAGAAGAAACUCAACUAGAAUCUUUCCUUCCUUCCUUCCUUCCUUCCUUCCUUCCUUCCUUCAUAUUUUGUCCAAACCUAUAUAAACAUUUAUCGUCAUUUUUUUUAUUUGUAUCAUUUAGUUUGUUUAUCUGAACGAAAGAAUAAAUUCCAACACCUUUGAUCCUAGAUGAUAAAUAGCUGCUACAACAAGAAAUAUACAUGUUUGUUUGCUUCUGUUUUGUUUCGAAGUUAAACUGUCGUGAGAAACCAUG